CCUUUGGCUACGUGUAUGUUGUGUGCAUCCAGCUACCGUGCCGUAACACUCAUUCCUUUCUUUCUUUAGAUUCGAUAUCACGAAUAAAACCGUCAUCCCAGAUAUGCUCGUCUAUGAGGCUUCCUGCUCGUCACAGAUACAAUUAAUCAACCGCCCCAAGGGAAGCACCUGACGGCCCCAGUUCUACGCAAGAUAGCCGGACAGCCCUAGAACAUGAAUAGCCGAGCCCGCCUCCGCAGCGCCCACAGACUCCAGCAAUCUUUUGUCGCCUCCUUUUUCUAUCCUCACAAAGCUCAAAGCUUUGCCCGUAUUCAAAAUUACGGACAGAAUACCAGGAUGGACGACGAAGCUGAAGCUGAAGCUGGUAGACGUAUGUUUACGGUCGGUGACCUAGGAUUAACCGACGAGGCAAUUACCGCUCUCGACGGAGUUCCACUAGAUAAACUCCGUCGGGAGAGAUAUGGCCCCUUAUGGACUACCGCUGGGAAACUAGAACUACUCCGGUGGUGGUACCUUGGCCAGAAUCACAAGCGGUGGGGUUGGCGUAUCUACAGAACGACGUACGACUCGGAAGUAAAAUGGGAACGAUUCAUUCAAAUCUUUAACGAGGCUCUACUAUCGACAAUCCGAGAGGUACAUGGGAACGAGGAACAUAUGAAGUAUAUGGAGUGGCCUAUUGUGGCUGAUCAAGAGCGCUUCAAUGAAGCAAGCACAACAGAGCUAAGAAAACAUUUUCUGGCCUGGCGAUCCGGCGGCGGGCCGAUUACCGCCGAACCUCAUCUUAGUAACGAGAAAAGUUCAAUUCUGUUUGCUAUAAGCAGACCGAAAUACCACUACUUUAUUCGGGCUAAUAAAGAGAGUAUCGACAAUAUUCUGGUGGAAAACGAUCCAGCUGAGGGAUAUGUAAAUAUAGUACAGGCUGACUGGCCUGGCGAUGACCCGGAUGAGCUGGACGACAUCGAGGCUAAUGAUGGGUAUCCGGUAAUAGAGGGCAGGAGCACACAUGAUGUAGGAUUUCAGAGGGUGCGGCUGGCUGAUCUCUAUCCGGAUUUUUACGAGGAGGUAAAUAAUUUUGAGAGGAGAUACUGGUAUAGAAGGCCUCCUGAGAUCUUACAUAACUCCAGAGACUCAACGCUUCCUUUAGAGGACCUAUCCACUCCCACUAACGCGUGGUCGCACAGCACCCUCACCGCCUCGUUAAAGCUCAGCUCGUCCUCUAUCUUUGGCCGUGAAAUGUGCAAACUCGACGAUCCGCCUGACAAAACAAACCAUGCGAGACCCAUUCAAGCAGUCAUUCAAGUAAUCCACCGAAGUUGA